AUAGUCAAAGCCAACAACCGUGAACUCACCUACGUCCUCCUGGUUUCUCUCCUGUUUUCUUUCUUGACUUCCCUUCUAUUCAUUGGUCGCCCCAUGAAAAUGACCUGUCUCCUUCGACAAACCAUUUUCAGUAUUGUUUUCUCAGUUGCCGUAUCUUCUUUGCUGGCCAAGACUGUAAUGGUGGUGGUGGCCUUCCUGGCUACAAAGCCAGGAAGCAGGAUGAGGAAAUGGCUGGGGAAGGGUCUGGCCCACUCGAUUGUUUUAUCCUGCUCUGGUAUUCAAGUAGGCAUCUGUAUGACAUGGCUGGGAAUCUUUCCCCCGUUCACAGAUUCUGACUUUCAUUCCCAGCCAGAAAACAUCCUGCUGCAGUGCAACGAAGGUUCAGUGGCCAUGUUCUACACUGCCCUUGGCUACAUGGGUUUUCUGGCUGCCAUCUGUUUCUUGGUGGCGUUUCUGGCUCGAAAUCUGCCAGGGACCUUCAAUGAAGCCAAACUGAUC